AUGGCCGCGUCCACCCUGUCCGUCUGCUCCAGCGACCUGAGCUACGGCAGCCAGGUCUGCCUGCCCGGUCCCCGGGACACCUGCACCGGCUCCUCCUGGCAGGUGGACGACGGCCCAGAGAGCUGCGGCCAGCCCCUCUGCUGUGUGCCCAUCUGCUGCACACCCGUCUGCUGCACACCCGUCUGCUGCACACCCGUCUGCUGCACACCCAUCUGCUGCACACCUGUCUGCUGCACGCCUGUGUGCUGCACGCCCGUGUGUUGCACACCCGUCUGCUGCACGCCCAUGUGCUGCACGCCCGUCUGCUGCACACCCAUCUGCUGCGAGCCCGUGUGCUGUGAGGCCGCCCCCUGCUCGGCCUCCUCGUGCUGCCAGCCCGCCCCCUGCCCCCCGUCCUGCUGCAGACCCUCCUCCUGCGUGUCCCUGCUCUGCCGGCCCGCGUGCUCCCGCCUGGCCUGCUGCGCCCCCGCCUCAGGCACGUCCUGCUGCUGGCCGGGCACGUCCCCCCAGGGCACAGCGCCCUGCCAUCCUGAGAGACCCAGCAUGGUCUCCUGGGCCCCAGAGGGUGGGGUGGCGCCGCAGCCCGUGGCCACGCGCGGCCUCCUGUGCUGCGACUCACGGAAGAGCGCCCUUCUUGACCUGACUCUGUGGCUUCCCUUUCUCCACGGGGUCUGUGCACACAGGUCAGGACUGAGGGGAGGCUGGGAGGACAGAGUCACGGAGGGACCUGAGCCCGGCUGGCCCUGGGGGGACGUGCCCGGUCAGCAGCGGGACGUGCCCGAGGCGGGGGCGCAGCAGGCCAGGCGGGAGCACGCGGGCCGGCAGAGCAGGGACACGGACGAGGAGGGUCUGCAGCAGGACGGGGGGCAGGGGGCGGGCUGGCAGCACGAGGAGGCCGAGUCGCUGGAGCAGACGGACAGGGUGGACGCGGCCAUGGACGACCACAGCCUCCGGGCCGUGGUUCCCGUGCCUGAGCCACGCGGAGCCCCCGGGCAGGACUGGGAGGGGGUCCCAGCCCUCGCCUCCCUCCCGGGCAGCCCCCUGGGUUGGACGGCCCGGCGUCUCCUCCAGGACAGUCCCGUCAGCCUCACCCAGCCCACUGCUGACCGGAUGCCCCACCUGCCUCCCCGCAGGACUCCGGACAGCCCACAGGGUCACGACCCCCACUGCGCCACCAUGGCCGCGUCCACCCUGUCCGUCUGCUCCAGCGACCUGAGCUACGGCAGCCGGCUCUGCCUGCCCGGUCCCCGGGACGCCUGCACCGGCUCCUCCUGACAGGUGGACGACGGCCCAGAGAGCUGCGGCCAGCCCCCCUGCUGUGGCCCCAGCCGCUGCGCCCCGGCCCCCUGCCAGCAGGCCUGCGGUGUGCCCGUCUGCUGCAAGCCCGUCUGCUGCACGCCUGUGUGUUGCACACCUGUCUGCUGCAAGCCCAACUGUCUCACACCUGUGUGCUGCAAGCCCGUCUGUUGCACGCCUGUGUGUUGCAAGCCCAUAUGUUGCACACCCGUCUGCUGCAAGCCCGUGUGCUGUGAGCCCGCCCCCUGCCCCCCGUCCUGCUGCAGACCCUCCUCGUCCGUGUCCCUGCUGCGCCGCCCCGCCUGCCGCCCCGCCUGCCGCGUGCCCGUCUCAGCCCAGAAGUCCUGCUGCUGA